AGUGUUGUCAACAGAGAAGCAGAUAACAGACAUGGCUGCUGCCAUUGGAAGAGGCUUUCUCGCUCAGACAUGCUCCUCUUCUCCACGCUUUCUCCGGACCACUGUAUCUAAACCCUUAUUGCAUGAACCAAGCAUAUUCUGGUCAGCUAAACCGAGGACCAGUCCACGCUUUUUACGAACCGUGGUUCGAGCUCAGCAGCGACCAACAUGGCUUCCUGGGCUGGAUCCUCCGCCUUAUCUGGAUGGAACUUUGGCUGGAGAUUAUGGGUUCGAUCCACUCGGGUUAGGAGAGGAUCCGGAAAGCUUGAAGUGGUAUGUGCAGGCUGAAUUGGUACAUGCUCGCUUUGCCAUGGCUGGAGUAGCUGGAAUUCUUUUCACUGAUUUACUGCGUGUAACCGGUAUCAGCAACUUACCAGUAUGGUAUGAAGCAGGAGCAGUGAAAUUUGAAUUUGCCAGCACAAGAACUUUGCUUGCAGUCCAGUUACUUCUGAUGGGGUUUGUUGAAACCAAAAGGUAUAUGGAUUUCAUCAGCCCCGGGUCUCAAGCAAAAGAGGGAUCCUUUUUUGGAUUGGAAGCUGCACUAGCAGGAUUAGAACCUGGCUACCCUGGAGGUCCUCUGUUGAAUCCUCUUGGACUGGCUAGAGAUAUAAAGAAUGCCCAUGACUGGAAGCUUAAGGAGAUUAAAAACGGUCUGCUUUCCCUCAUUCAUUGAAUCUUUGUUGUUGUGAUUCUUUUUAUGGGUUUCUCUUUUUUGAUAUUUAACGAUCUGUAGGGUGGUGGAAUUUGGAACUGAAUGCCCAUUUCUUGGGCAAUUUCCCCCUACGGUUACAUAAAUGAAUUGCUCUUUGCAGGAAGGCUUGCAAUGGUGGCCAUGCUGGGGAUCUUUGUGCAAGCUUAUGUGACUCAUGCAGGUCCAAUUGAUAAUCUAGUAGAGCAUCUUUCGAAUCCGUGGCACAAAACUAUCAUUCAGACACUUGCUAAUUCCAGUUCCUAAUUCUGCAUUUGCCGUAUCAAUUUGAAAAUGUAAAAUUGCUCUGCCAUUUUACUCAUGUUAUUGAUCUUUAUAUUGAGAACCAUGAAACCAUGAAAUAUAAAUGUCUCAUAUUUUG